CGACGGACAUUGAAUGAACAGGUAUACAGGACAAAGAACACCUGUCGUGAUGUUACCUGUGUUUAUCUUAUUGUGCCUGGUUUCAGUCGGCCGCAGUCAAGGUAAUUUCUUCCCAUGGCUUGAGAGCCCAGGUGGACCAAAUGUUAUCGGCUUUCGAUCCGGGCCUGGUUUGAAUUUCGGAAAUGGCUUCCAGGGGAUGAAUGGUCCUGUCAUGCCAAACUUUGUUGACAAUAAUUUUGGACCUGCUAUGAUGCCAAAUUUUGUUGGUGGUAAUGUUGGACCACUUGUGAUGUCAAAUUUUGUUGACAGUAAUAUUGGACCUGCUGUGACGCCAAAUUUUGUUGGCGGUGAUGUUGGACCAAUCAUGACGCCAAAUUUUGUUGGCGGUGAUGUUGGACCAAUCAUGACGCCAAAUUUUGUUGACGGUAAUGUUGGGCCAGCUGUGAUACAAAAUAUCAAUGAUGCUAAUAUUGGACCAUCUGUGAUGCCAAAUGUCAAUGAUGCUAAUUUUGGACCAGCUGUGAUGCCAAAUGUCAAUGAUGCUAAUUUUGGACCAGCUGUGAUGCCAAAUGUCAAUGUUGCCAAUUUUGGAGCACCUGAGAUGCAAAAUAUCAAUAAUGCAAAUAUUGGACCAUGGCCAGCUGGUAUGCGUAAUAUGAAUGCCGCUAAUAUUGGACAAUCUGUGAUGUCAAAUUUCAAUAAUGCUAAUAUAGGACAGGCUGUGAUGCAAAAUGUCAAUAAUGCUGAAAUUAGACGUGAUAUGAUGCUAGAUGGCAAUAAUGCUAACACUGGACCAGCCGUGAUGCCAAAUGGCAAUUUUGCUAAUACUGGACAAGCUACGAAUCGAAAUAUAAAUGAUGCUAAUAUGGGACCAGCUGUGAUGCAAAAUUUACCAAGACAAAAUGUAAUUCAAACGGUCGCUACAUCAAACCAGCAAAGAGGACUUGCACGGAUUCUUCCUUUUCCCCAAGUGAUACCACAGAUACCAGGCCUGCCGAGAGUAUCCGUACCUAAUCCUGGUUCACAAACAAAUAACAUGGCUUUUGAUGAUUUCGGACAGCAAAUGCCUAACCAACAGCAAAUACGACAGAAUGCCAAUACUGCAAAUCGCGGUGGAGCCGAAUUUGUAAACUUUGCACAACGACCAAUAGGUAAUCGUUUGGCACCGAUCAACAGUGGCGUUCAACCCGUGCAGGCAGUCAAUGAUGUCAACCGACGGCAAGGUAUUGUUAUGCCAGCCCUACCAUCUUUCGAAGGACGUUUCAAUGCUGGUCUUGAUUUCAACGACCCAAGGAUUCGAACCCCGUCCGCGGCGGCCGCUGCAGCUUCCUCCAAUGGGCAACGUGCUAACAAUAAUGGGCUUGGACAGAACUUGGUGCCCCAAAAUAUCGGCUUAAAUGGAGGAACUGGACAAAACUUUCAGGUUGGCCAGAAUUUAGCACUUGGUCCGGGUUUUCAAGGUGGAGUUAAUUUCGAACCGGGCUUCCGUUUUCCAGGCAAUGGUUUCCAAUUUAACCAACCAGGAUCGUUUCCUUUUAACGCAAGACCAGUUGGAUUUAAUGAUGAUGGAUUCCAGACCUUCAUUCCUGGGACACAGUUUUCCGACUUUAAUGAUUUCCGAUUUGGAGGACCACCACAAGGCGGGUUUACUUCUCCGGCUCCUUUCGAUGCUAAUACGUUUCCCGGAUUGUCAUUCCCUGACCAAAGAGGAACAAAUUUCUUAGGUGGAAACAACCUUAUGGUAAAUGACUUCGGAUUUAACAAUUUUCCAGGAGGACCUGUAAUGACUUUGUGAAUGUGAAUCAGGGUGCGAUGAAACAGAAUAUGGUGUUUUGAGGACAGUGGUGGGCAGUUUGAAAUAAAAUGAAAGAGUAUUUUGGACGACAUCGCAAAACAUUUCUCAUUUUCAUAUUUAGCUUUAACAUUCCAGCUCCAUAUCAUCAAGCGUUUCUGUAUGAUUGUUUUUUUGCAUUAAAUUUCAUGCAUUUUCCGAAAUGUGUUUUUUUUA